AUGCAAACACAGGGUGAUUCUGUAUUUUCUGGGAUCCUACAAAUCUUUGUUCAUCAUGCAAGGAAUAUUCACAACAUAUGCAUCUACGACAAUCAAGAUGUUUAUGCAAAAAAUUUUCUUAUCUACAACCCUGAUGAGACCCUCUCAACCAGGAUCAUCAAUGGUGGUGGCAAAAACACAGAAGUCAUUGAGAAUUUGAUUAUGACGGUUUCCCAAUCUGAUGCUGUUCUUAAAUGUGAGAUUGGAAUGCUGAGCAGGGCUAAGAAUUUCUUGGAGGAUCAGCUUUUGGGAGUUGCUUUGGUCCCAAUUUCUCCAGAUGUUGGGAAAGGAAAGAUGAUCCAAGAUUUUUUGAUAAGGCGAUAG